GGGUUAAUACUGGAGGAGGAGCCAUGAGUGUGUUUUCAGCCACAGCCAUUUGACAUCAUGCAGCUUUAGUAAUGACAGCGUCAUAGAGGUGGCAGCUUCACCGCUGUGGAUCAAACGCAAUAACAAACAUGAACUCCAGCAUAAACACUUCCACGGACAUUGUGGACUGUCAGAACGGUUACAAGGAUGUUGACCCAAAAAGCACUGAAGAUGAACCACUUCUCAGAGAAAACCCAAAGCGAUUUGUUGUCUUUCCGAUUCAGUACCCAGACAUCUGGAAAAUGUACAAACAAGCCCAGGCCUCAUUCUGGACGGUUGAGGAGGUGGAUUUAUCAAAGGACUUGGCUCACUGGGACAACCUGAAGUCUGAUGAGCAACACUUCAUAUCUCAUGUAUUGGCCUUCUUUGCAGCAAGUGAUGGGAUUGUCAAUGAGAACCUGGUGCAGAGGUUUAGUCAAGAGGUUCAACUCCCAGAAGCUCGCUCGUUCUAUGGCUUUCAGAUCCUUAUUGAAAAUGUGCACUCUGAAAUGUACGGCAUGCUCAUCAACACAUACAUCAGGGAUCUGAAAGAGAGGGACUAUUUGUUUAAUGCAAUUCAGACCAUGCCUUUUGUAAGACGGAAAGCAGAGUGGGCCUUAGAGUGGAUCUCUGACACAAACUCAACUUUUGGAGAGCGUUUAGUGGCGUUUGCAGCAGUGGAGGGCAUCUUCUUCUCCGGGUCAUUUGCUGCCAUCUACUGGUUGAAGAAAAGAGGCCUGAUGCCCGGACUCACCCACUCCAAUGAGCUCAUCAGUAGAGAUGAGGGUCUGCACUGUAAUUUCGCAUGUCUGAUGUACAGCUACUUGGUGAAAAAGCCUUCGGCUGACAGAAUCAAGGAUAUCAUCACAAAAGCUGUGAGCAUUGAACAGGAAUUCCUGACAGAAGCCCUGCCAGUCAAUCUGAUUGGAAUGAACUGUUCUCUUAUGAAGCAGUACAUUGAGUUUGUCGCUGACCGAUUGCUAACAGAUUUGGGAUUGCCUAAAGUGUACCAAUCAGAAAACCCCUUUGAUUUCAUGGAGUCGAUUUCACUGGAAGGAAAAACUAACUUUUUUGAGAAGCGAGUGGCUGAAUACCAGCGGCUCGGAGUGAUGUCAAACGUUAUGGACUGUGAAUUUACUCUUGAUGCAGAUUUCUAAUGAUGAGCUAGAAUAUAUUUAUUUAUUGGACUGUAUUUCAUUAUGUUCUACAGUGAAAUGUCACUAAGAUGAGAUGAUUUUAGUUCUUUUCUUUUAAUUCUAAGCAAAGAAAGUGAACUAUACAAAAUAUAAAUGUUUAAUUUUGUCUUGGUUUGGUUUCUUUAUUUACAUAAUACAUAUGAACUCCAUGGAAUGAUUUGACUACAUUGACGGUACAAAGACCGAGAUCAGAGUAAGGGCUUUCCUAAGAGGAAAUGAAAAACAAGUAUUUGGGGUGUAAAUCUUUCGGGAUUUUAAUGAUGUUUUGAAUAAACACACCAAGUUAUCCUUGAGGACACAUGCCACUGAGAAAACAAUUCCAGGAAUAAAACAUUAGAGCCCUAUAGACAUCUCACCAACAACAUCUGUGACCUCUAUACUCUCAAAGGAAGAGCAAAGAAAUAUACUAAUAAUGACAAAUCAUGUACAUGUUACACCUGAUGGCGUAACAUUAGGGAAACACUUCUUCCGAACCAAGUGAGUUUAGUGGAUUUAUUGAAUUAAAACUGUUAAUUUAGUAUUUUUUAGUAGAUUAUUGGUAUUGUCUUACAACCUUUUGCUUACCGAGACACCACGUUUGAGCAUCUUAAGUGGUUACAGCAGUGUCUGAGAAGCUUUUUCGACUAAAAAUAAAAUGUAGAUAGUUAACAUA